GCUUAAAUGUGCAGCAAACCAUUACUGAUGGCUGGUACUAUGCACGCUGUCUUUGCCGCACCACCUAACACAACAACAUGCCGCCAUAUUAAAGCGGCGGGAAAUAUUUGCCUAACGGCAUUUGUUGCCAUUUCCCGUCUUUUAUCCGUGACUCCGUUUUCCGUCGUUUCAACAUUUCUUUGUAACCGGUUUAAGGGAAUAUGUUUGCGUUUUGUUACGAAAACACACAAUGGCAAAGGAUAACAAGAAAAACGAGCGUGUGAGCCAGCGAACGAAUAACACAACCGCCAGGCAACCAACGACACACGACCCGACCUGAUGUGCUUUUUUGUUCUUGCACUGCUGCUGUUAUUCUUCUUGACUGUGAAACAAUGAAAGGACGAAAAAAUUAGGGAGUGUUAAGUGUUGAGCAAAGAAAAAGUUUUAAAUUAAUUAAGUGCAGCAGUGAAAAGUGGAAAAACCAAAGCGAAAUGUGUGGUUUUUCCUCGAAUCAAGUCGAAGAAGAAAACUCAAUCACGAAAUGGCAUUGUUAAUUUCAAAGCGAACAAGAAGCGUGGGUGUGAAAGUUUAAAUUUUACAUCCGGUUUGUGUCGCUGUGCAGAACAACAUCGAAUUCCCAACGAAGUGAAAACUAAAAAAUAAAAACCUCCAGAGGUUGUGGCAGCAGCAGUCAACAUGACCAUUAAUUGGUUCCAUAAUCUAAGCAAUCGCAGUCUGGUGAUUACGAUACUGAUUUGCAUAUCCCUGAUCUAUGUGUCGUACACCUUUAAUUCGUGUCUCAUCAGCAAUUUGGGACGCACCCUUAACAAGAACUCCCUGAAACAGUUUUUCAUUUCAACCUCGUUAUGGUCGGACAACAUGGCCAUUGUGAAUGCCACGAAAUUGGCAUUGAAUAAUACCACCAAUUUUAAUGGAAGCUACUCCGCCUCCAACGACAACAACAACAUUUCCAACAAGGACUCUGUUCAUCUCCAUGGCCACCAUAAUAAGAACCAAAGGAACUCCUCCAGCACUUCUGCCUCGGCACCUCAUAUUUUAGAUGGUUCCCCAAAAUAUCGCCUAUUACGCCAACAGGGUUCCCGACCAUCUCGCCACCUGCCCGACACCCUAAUUAUUGGAGUGAAAAAGUCUGGGACCCGUGCCCUUUUGGAAUUUAUACGACUGCAUCCAGAUGUGCGAGCAGCAGGCUGUGAGGUGCAUUUCUUUGAUCGCCACUAUCAAAAAGGGUUACACUGGUAUCGCCAUCACAUGCCCUACACCAUUGAGGGGCAAAUAACCAUGGAGAAGACCCCGAGUUAUUUCGUUACCAAGGAAGUACCACAGAGGGUACAUCACAUGAAUGCCAAUACGAAACUUCUGGUUGUUGUUCGUGAUCCUGUUACCCGAGCCAUUUCCGAUUACACCCAGGCAGCUAGCAAAAAAGCCGAUAUGAAACGUUUCGAAGAUUUGGCCUUUGUCAAUGGUUCCUAUGCUGUGGUGGACACCAACUGGGGACCUGUAAAAAUUGGAAUCUAUUCACGAUAUCUGGAGAAAUGGCUACACUACUUCCAGCUGUCCCAGCUACUCUUCAUUAGCGGUGAACGUCUCAUUAUGGAUCCAGCCUAUGAGAUUGGUCGGGUACAGGACUUUUUGGGCCUCAAGCGUGUUGUGACCGAAAAACAUUUUUACUUUAAUGCCACCAAAGGAUUUCCCUGCCUCUUCAAGUCGGAGGCACGCUCAACACCCCAUUGUCUGGGUAAGACAAAAGGUCGCAAUCAUCCUCAUAUUGAGGCGGCGGCCAUUGAAAGACUGCGUGAUUUUUAUAGGCCAUUUAAUAAUAGAUUUUAUGAAAUGACAGGCAUUAAUUUUGCCUGGCCAUAGAGGGGGGUUCGCAGAGAAGGAAGGGGCGGGUUAAUUUUUUCAUAGAGAAUAGUUUAGUAGAAAGUUGAAAUUAUGAUAAUUCAAAAUAUUCGAAAGACAAGUUAGUGAUAUUUAUAAAAAAAAAUUAAAGGUCAUUGAAUAAUCUCAAUUAUGUAGUUGUAGGUGAAGAAAUUAUUAAUGAAAAUUGAUGGGGGCGUGGCAAAAUGGAUGGUGAAGGAGUAUAUUUUACAAAAACAAUUUU